UAUAAAAAUAAUGAUAUAAAAAUAUAACUCAUCUCAAUUUUUCCUUGACAAUUCAAAUAACUACCAAUAGACUGUAAUAUAUAUCAACAAGUAAAUCAAAUAGUCAGUUUGUUUAAAAAAGUAGUAAUCGAUUUGUUUUGGUCAGGCCGAUUAAAUUAUGAUUGGCUUACGUAUUUUUAACUUGUCAGCGACUUAUAGCAAUAAGUGAUUAAGUAACUCGAGAUCUUCAUAAAUUUUAUAGCGGAUAGGUUGUGACGAAGUGAUUAAAGACGGACCUGACAACGCUUUACAAGGUGUACCCAAUUAGCCCUGUAACAGGGCCAGGUGCUGCACGUUCAGUAUGGGAGCUAAGUCCAGACCCCGACAUGGUCGGGCAUCUAUCGAACAAUUCAAUCGGAACUCACAACGUAAAUAUGACCAAAAGAAAUGUCACAAGAGAAAGAAACACUCCUGACGAAAAUAUUUAUGCUGACGAAGCGACCACUGGACAAAAUCCUACAGACGAAACCAAAAGAAUCUUUGAACUUCUUCGCGCCGGAGACACGGAAACCGUUGAAGAACUAGUUGAGAAAAGUGGAUUGAGUAUCCUGAGUGUUCGUGAUAAAUGGGGAUACACACCAGCUCAUUGGGCAGCAUUAGAUGGCAAUGUUGAAGUAAUGCGGUAUUUAGUCGAAAGAAAUGGACCAGUUGAUUUAUCAUGUCUGGGUACGCAAGGACCCAAACCAAUUCACUGGGCAUGCAGGAAAGGUCACAGUGCUAUCGUCCAAAUACUUCUAAAGGCAGGAGUGGCCGUAAACACAGCAGAUUUCAAAGGUCUGACUCCUCUGAUGACGGCAAGUAUGUUCGGUAAAUUUGCAACGGCGGCAUUUCUUCUUGGUUCCGGUGCACUAGGUCAUCUGACAGACAUUAAUGGCGACACUGCACUACACUGGGCAGCUUAUAAAGGUCACCCCGAUUUAAUUCGUCUCCUCAUGUACAGCGGAGUUGAUUUACAGAAGCCCGAUUACUUUGGCUCAACACCUCUGCACUUAGCGUGCUUAUCAGGGAACGUUAGCUGCGUAAAAAUACUCUGCGAAAAAAGUAAAAUAGAAUUAGGACCACGUGAUAAAAACGGCAAGACACCUCUGCAAUUAGCCAAAAGUCACCGUCACUCAGAAGUCGUUGCUAUUCUGGAGAACGAACAGAAACGACGGUCACGAUGGGUACCGCCAAUAAAUGAGCUCUGGGCACUAUUAUUUGGCGGAGCGGGAAACAGUAAAGGACCUUUGCUAUUAUUUAUGGGAUCUGUUUUAUUAUGGGGCUAUCCAAUGUAUCUACUCAAAUGUCUACCUCUGACGUGGAAUUUUUUACGCGGUAGUCAUUAUUGUUUUAUUUAUUGGAAUAUUCUGAUGUGGUUGUCAUGGAUCGUCGCCAAUAGACGUGAUCCCGGUUACGUACCUCAGAAUAGUGAUACUUAUUAUAGAGCCAUUAAACAGAUUCCGUAUUUUGAUAAGUGGAAGAAAAGAAAUGUUAUUUUGUCACGAUUAUGCCAUAGUUGCAGAUGUUUUAGACCACUAAGAGCUAAGCACUGUAGAAUUUGCAAUCGCUGUGUCACGUAUUUUGAUCAUCACUGUCCUUUUAUUUAUAAUUGUGUCGGUUUACGAAACAGAAUGUGGUUCUUUCUAUUCGUAAUGUGUGUGGCGAUAAAUUGUUCAUUCACGCUCUACUUUGCGUGUUAUUGUAUUGCAAUUGAAGGAUUGCAAUUGAUGUACGUGUUGGGUCUAAUAGAGGCGCUUGUUUUUUGCGGACUCGGUUGGAUACUAACAUGCACAUCAGUACUGCACGCAUGCAUGAAUUUAACAACCAACGAAAUGUUUAAUUACAAGAGAUACUCGUACUUACGUGACAAAAAAGGUAAAUACUCAAAUCCAUUUAGUCGUGGACCAGUGCUCAAUUUUAUUGAAUUCUUUCUCUAUCCACCUGAUCACUAUGCAACUGACCCGCAGCAUUACAAUAUUUUAUCUGAAGAAGCUAUGUAAUAAUUUAUUACUUUCUUUACUUACUUCAAUAACUUUUUUCACAUUAUUACCGCCAAGUACCACAAGAUAAAUUAUUUUUGUCAAUAAUAAUUAAGUUUUAAUUAAAUGCUACAAACUGAGAGUCUAAAAUAUUACACACGCACAACAAUCAAUAAUUAUCAUAUAUAAUUUAUUAUAAUUAUGUUCAUAAUAU